UCGCCCCACAACCACCCCAAGCUGCAGCAGCUCUGGCUGAAGGCUCACUACGUGGAAGCCGAGAAGCUGCGAGGCAGACCCUUGGGAGCCGUUGGCAAAUACCGCGUCCGCCGAAAAUUCCCUUUGCCCCGCACCAUCUGGGACGGCGAGGAAACCAGUUACUGCUUCAAGGAGAAAUCCCGGGGCGUGCUGCGGGAAUGGUAUGCCCACAACCCUUACCCGUCCCCCCGGGAGAAGCGGGAACUGGCCGAAGCCACCGGCCUCACCACUACCCAGGUCAGCAACUGGUUCAAGAACCGGAGGCAGCGGGACCGAGCGGCGGAGGCGAAAGAAAGGGAGAACACGGAAAACAACAACGCGGCCACCAACAAACCCAACCAACUCUCGCCUCUGGAUGGGAGCAAACCCCUCAUGUCCAGCUCCGAGGAGGAAUUUUCUCCUCCCCAAAGCCCGGAUCAGAACUCAGUCCUGCUCUUGCAGGGGAACCUCAGCCACGCCAGGAGCUCCGGCUACUCCCUAGGCGGCUUGGCCACAUCCCAGACCCCUCACAGCCUCCAAGGCCACCAGCUCCAGGACUCGCUGCUGGGACCCCUCACGUCCAGCCUGGUGGAUCUGGGGUCCUAA